AUGUUAUUUUAUCUCACGACUUUGAAUUUGACAAGGUUCCUCAAUGAGGAUGCUCCUAAGUUGGAUGAAGGAGAGACAAACAAGGAAAAGGUUGCUGCUGUAGAUGCAUGGAAGCAUUCUGACUUCGUGUGUCGCAACUAUGUCCUCAAUGGUCUGGACAAUUCCCUCCACAACGUAUAUAAUCCGCUGAAAAUGGCUAAGGAGUUGUGGGAAAGUCUGGGCAAGAAAUACAAAAUAGAAAAUGCCGGGUUGAAGAAAUUCUUUGUCGGCAAAUUUCUGGACUUUAAGAUGAUUGAUUCUAAAAUCCUCUUAAGUCAAGUUCAAGAACUUCAAGUGAUCAUGCAUGAUAUUCAUGCUGAAGGUAUGAUUAUAAGUGAUUCAUUUCGAGUGGCUGCUUUCAUUGAAAAGUUACCAUCGUCUUGGAAAGAUUUCAAGAAUUAUCUCAAAUACGGGAGGAAGGAGUUAUCACUUGAAGACUUGAUUGUUCGAUUGAGGAUAAAGGAAGAUAAUAGGCUUUCUAAGAAGAAAGUUGGCAGACAUCUAAAGGUUUCAAGGGCCAAUAUUGUUGAAGAAGGAUCGAAACCCAACAAGAAGAGGAACAAGUAUGGAGAGGGAUCCACCCAAGGCUUGAAAAAGUUCAUUGGCAAAUGCUAA